AAAAAAUUAGAGAAUCUCAUUUUCCUCUUCCACCAUAUAAACAGUGGAAAGCCAUUCAAGCGCUCUCCCCUCUCUUAUUCCUGGCUUCUUCCUCUAAUCUCUAGCCUCAGAAAGAAAGAACAAAAUGAAUCCAAAUCUCCUUAAGAACAAUCUUACAGGUAAUUAUACCAUCAAUGACUCUGGAAGAUUCGAAGUAAGAAACAACUUCAGAUCUCCACCACACUCGCACCCCAACUUCUCUCUCGCAAGAAAACAUCCUCACAACAAAUCAGUCUCAGUCUUGGAGUCAGGAGAUGAACAUGAGAAAGAGAGAGGUGGAAAUGGUUUGAAAAGAAGAGGUAAAAAUGGAAUAAAUUCCAAACUAUGCUCAAGAGGACACUGGAGACCAACAGAAGAUGCUAAACUCAAGGAGCUUGUUGCCCAGUUUGGCCCCCAAAACUGGAACGUGAUUGCUCACCACCUUCUUGGUAGAUCAGGCAAGAGUUGUAGAUUGAGAUGGUUUAACCAACUUGAUCCAAGAAUUAUCAAGAGAGCAUUCACCGAGGAAGAAGAGUCUAGGCUUUUAGCUGUUCACCAAGCCUAUGGCAACAAGUGGGCUUUGAUCUCACGUCUCUUCCCGGGUCGGACAGAUAACGCCGUCAAGAACCAUUGGCACGUCAUCAUGUCUCGACGGACUAGAGAGAGUCAACGACAACGUCAAAUGCAGACUCCUCAGGCACCGUCAGGAAACGCUGACAUAGUCUCUUCCUCGUCCAGCUAUAAUCACGGUGAGUUAUUCGGUACGGUCGCGAAUGGUGCUGUCGUCAACGGAGAAGAUGAUGACGGCGAUGAUGAAGAUGCUUCGGCUGUCUCUACUUGUACGACGGAGCUAUCUCUCACUCCACCCUCUUCAACUCACCAGGCUCGCUUCUUGAAUUACGAUAGUACCCUUGUCCCAGGUAAAGAUGGUCAGUGUGUGCAGAGAGCAGAAGUAAAUGGCAAAUAUAGUAAAAAGAUGGACCAUCAAAAUCACCAUACAAUCAGAGUCAGUGAAGAAAGGAAAGUGGAGAUGCAGAGUGGCUUUUACUUCUUUGAUUUUCUUGGAGUUGGAGCUUCUUGAUUAAUUAAUUAUAUGGAGAGUUAUUCCAUGUCCAUAAGAAACUUUCUAGAGUUCCUAGAC